AUGUUCCAUCAUCCAUCGCCAUUUCUCCCAUAUCUCUUCCGUUUCCCUCCUUACUCUCUUCAAUCUCCAGUAGCCUCGGUUACCACCAACCUCCUGAUGUUGUCGUUACCUACCUUCACUGGCAUCUGCCGCUCGCUUCUACCUUAUAUCGAGAUGAGAAACCCGAACUCUAUCUCGCUGCCACCAUCAACGCCACCAUCGCACACCGGAAACCAUAUCCCUAAAGUGGCUCCACUAUCGCCACCAGACAUCUCACAGUAUAAACCGGAUCGAUAUCAUUUGCUUCCAGGUCUGUUCAAUGUCUGUCAUGGGCUUCAGUUUCAAUUUUCAAAUCUACAAGAAGGACAUUGA